CUAGCGGAGAAGGAAUGUAAUGGAGCGGUUGUGUUUGGUUUUAAAACGAAAAUCUUAUUUAAUGUAUUAUAGCUAUUCUAAUUAAUACUGUUAUUGGAAUAAUCUUUAAUAAAGUCUUUAGAUUUAUACUCAUGCUGAAGACAUCUCAUAUAUGUUUCCAGUUUUCUGCAGUUUUAACUUACAUUGAAAGUUUUUUACAUACGCCGCUAUGACUAUUGUUACACAAGGGGGACAAGGUGGAGGGGGGGAUUGGCAAGAAGAAAAGCCUUCACAACCGGCUGAUGAAAAUUCACCUAGUCCUACCACGGUAACAGAAUCAUCAGAAAAUUGGAAAGAUGAAGAAGUUUUAGAAUGUAUAGAACCAGAAUUUCCUCAUGCUGAAUUGGCGAGAUUAGAUGAAAUGAUUAAUAGACCAAGAUGGGUAGUACCAGUUUUACCAAAAGGAGAACUUGAAAUUCUUCUCGAUUCUGCAAUUAUUCUAAGUAAACAAGGUUUAGAUACAAGAAGUGAAGCAUGUCAAAGGUUUUUUAGAGAAGGAUUAACAACAUCUUUUACAAAAAUUUUGACCGAUGAAGCUGUUAGUGGUUGGAAAUUUGAAAUACAUCGUUGCAUCAUGAAAAAUUGUGAACGCUUAGUUGAACUUUGUGUUAUCAAGCUGAAUCAGGAUUGUCUUCCUCUUCUUGAUCUGUUAGCAAUGGUUUUUAAUCCAAACAAUAAAUUUCAUACAUAUAAUGGUACACGACCGUCUGAUACGGUCCCUCCUGGUUCUCAGCCUUCAGAAGAGGAAAUAUUUGCUCGACCACCUGAUGCCAGAACACCAAGAGUAUGUAUUUUGCACUUACUUACAAACUUUGGACUAAAAAAUGGCCAAAACACACUGUUAGAACGCUUUAGGAGCCCUCUAAUGAAAAUAUCUUAUUUGCUUUAUUCUAUUAGGCCAUUUGGACAGUGUCAUGAAUUACUAACAGUACAUAUGAUUGAAAAAUAUUUUAUGCCAGUUGUGGAGUUAGUUCCGACAUACUUGGAUAGUCUAACUGAUGAAGAAUUGAAAAAAGAAGCAAAGAAUGAAACUAAAAAUGAUGCUUUAUCUGGAAUAAUAAAAUCACUGAAAUACUUAGCUUCUAGACUUCCAAAUCAAGAAAGCACCAUCAAACAAUUAGAAGUUUUCAGAUUGAAAAUGAUAUUGAGAUUGUUGCAGAUAUCAUCAUUUAAUGGAAAAAUGAAUGCUCUUAAUGAAGUGAAUAAAGUUAUAGCAAGUGUUUCAUACUACUCUCAUCGACAUAGUGGUAUUGAAGAAGAAGAAUGGCUAACUGCAGAAAGGAUGGCUGAGUGGAUUAAGGAGAAUAAAGUUCUUCAAAUAGUUUUGAGAGACAGCUUGCAUCAGCCUCAGUAUGUAGAAAAAUUAGAAAAAAUUAUAAUAUUUAUAAUAAAAGAGAAAUCAUUGAGCUUAGAAGAUCUAGAUGAUAUUUGGAUGGCUCAAGCUGGAAAACAUGAAGCAAUAGUAAAAAAUGUACAUGAUUUAUUAGCAAAAUUAGCCUGGGAUUUUACUCCAGAACAGUUGGACCAUUUAUUUGAAUGCUUUCAGUCUAGUUGGGCAAAUGCCAGUAAAAAACAAAGAGAAAAGUUGUUAGAACUGAUUCGUCGAUUGGCAGAAGAUGACAAAGAUGGAGUAAUGGCUCACAAGGUUUUGAAUUUAUUGUGGAAUUUGGCCCACAGUGAUGAUGUUCCAACAGAUAUUAUGGACCAAGCUCUUUCUGCACAUGUUAAAAUAUUGGACUACAGUUGUUCUCAAGACCGAGAUGCUCAAAAAACUCAUUGGUUAGAUAGAUGUGUAGAAGAAUUAAAAGGAGAUAAAUGGGUCCUUCCAGCUUUGAAACAAAUUAAAGAAAUUUGCUGUUUAUAUUCAGAAACACCUCCAAAUUUUAAUCACCCUCAGAGAUCACCUCAUAUAUUGUGUAGACAUCAAAUUAUUAGUAGAUUGCAACAACAACAUUCUUUAGUUAUUUUAGUGGCUGAUAAUCUCACAGCUUAUAUGAAGAAAGCUCACUUAAUUGCUAAAGAAUAUCCAGAUUUGGAUCCAAAUACUAUUUCUCCAAGUAGCAGAUAUAGUCAUAUGCAACAAGUUAUGGAACGUUUAAAUUUUUUAAGGUUUCUAUUAAAAGAUGGACAACUAUGGCUAUGUGCACCUCAAGCAAAACAAAUAUGGAAUUGUUUAGCUGAAAAUGCUGUAUAUACAACUGAUAGAGAAGCUUGUUUUAAAUGGUUUUCUAAGUUAAUGGGAGAAGAACCAGAUCUUGAUCCUGAUAUAAAUCAAGAUUUUUUUGUAAAUAAUAUUCUACAGUUGGACCCUUGUCUAAUGACUGAAAAUGGUAUAAGGUGUUUUGAUAGAUUUUUCAAAGCUGUAAAUUGUAAAGAAGGAAAAUUAUUAGCAAAACGUAGUUCAUAUUUAAUGGAUGAUUUAGAAUUAAUAGGAAUGGAAUAUCUAUGGAGGGUGGUUUUAUGUAGUAGUGAAGAUAUAGCUAAUAGUGCAAUUGAACUAUUAAAAGAGACUUUCACAAAUCUUGGUCCAAGUUUACAAGCUAAUCAAGUGGAUAUCCACGAAGAUUUUAUUCAGUCUUGUAUGGAUAGAUUAAAAGCAUUUUAUGAUACCAUCACAGUGUUAGAAAGAGAUAAAGAUAGUGUUAAUCGUCUCCGCCAAGAAGCUACUAAAAUGGUUAGAGUGUUAAAAGUUCUUUAUGAAUAUAUCAAUAAAUGUGAUGGAGAUUAUGGAGAAGAAAGAACAAUACUUCCGAUGGCAAGGGCAUUUCGUGGAAAACAUAUGGUACUUACAAUUCGCUUUCCUAAUCAAGGAAGGCAUGUAGAUGAUAUUGAUAUUUGUGUUCAUAGUAAUGAUACGUUAGGUUCUAUUCGUCGUCAAAUAUUAACAAGGGUGAAAGCUAAUACUGCAAAUAUGAAGAUAGAUUUAUUUAUUGGAGGAGAAAUACUAGAUCCUUCUGAUGAUAAAAAAUUAAUAUAUCAGUUUCCAAUCAGAGAUAAAAUGUUGAUUUCAGCAAAACUCUGUCAAGUAGGAUCAAAUAUGCCUUCCUCACCAGAUUCUAGUUCAGAUAGUUCAGCUGAAUCACCACAACAUCCAUAUGAUGGACCAAAUAUUGAAGCUGAAAAUUGUCUGCCAGGAGUGCUAAUGGCUCAAGAACAACAAUAUACUCAAUUUCUCUUUCAAUUGGCUGAUUUAGGAAGUUCACUAAAUGUACCUGCACUAAGAGAUGCAGCAUGUGGAUUAUUAAGAUUAAUGCCUGCAGAUUCUCAUACAGUAAACAAGCUAAGAUCUGUUUGUUUAGAUCAUGCAAAAUUAGGAGAUCAUUCUUUGCAACCUUCAUUAGAAUCAAUAUUUUUUGUUUCUUCACCAUCUCAAGUGGUUUAUACUCUAGGGGUAUGCUAUUCUCUUCUAAUGCCUGCUCUUAAUCCAUUGUCAGACGAUGCACAAGGCUUUCAAUAUAAUUUUGUAAAAAGUGGUGGUAUUCCUGUUGUACUUGAUAUGUUGACAAAAAAUAAUUUCAUGUGUAACACAGACAUUACGGUUAAAAGGGCUGCUUAUAUUGUUGUUUUAAAAAUUUGUAAAUUAUUGCUGACAACAGUUGCUCAUUGUAUAAUACAAGUAGAAUUAGAAGCAUGUCAAAGCUCUCCUGAAUCAUUUACAUUGCCUAGUACUACUACUAUACAUUUAACAGGAAGAGCAGCUAUAUUGCAACAAGCACUUCAUCAUAUUCCUUCUCCUAAUUCAGAAUAUAUGGUUCGAAAUGUUGCCUUACGCUUAGCUCAAUUACUUCAUGAUCAGGGUACAAAUCACAUGCCAGACUUAUCCACUGUACGUUCAAUAAUCUGUAUCGCCUGGGCUUCUUCAUCUGGCUGUACUCAUAUGAUGCAAGCAUCUUAUGAAGAUCUUCAUUCUUUAGAGGAAAAAACAUUAAAACCACCUGAAUCAGAAGAAAUAAAUCUUUGUAAAGAAGCAUUAGAAGUUUUAGCUGUUUCUCUUGCUUUGUGUCCAGAAGCACUUGAUAUUUUAAUUAAAGAUAAAACUUGGCAUCUUUUUAUUAUAGAUUUACUUCUUAUUUGCAAAAAUAGGUCUUUACGUUUAUGUGCUGCAGAACAAUUUUACUUAAUAGCUACGAAAUGUUACCCUGGUCACCAUACAUUAGUAUUUUUCAUUACUCUUCUUUUUACGCAUUUAAUGACUACUGUCAAAGAAUAUGCCAAAAAUUCUCAUGAAUUCUUUCAACUUCUAUGCCGAUUAUUAAAUUAUGCAUGCGUCAGCAAUUGCUCUUUAUCUACUGCACAGUAUUUAUUGAAUAAUGAAAUUGAUUGGUUAAAAUCUGUUAGGGAAAAAGUUUUAGCAACUGGCAGUAGUCAAGUUGAAGAAGCUUUGCUUGAAGGACAUCUUGGUGUAACCAGGGAAUUAGUUUGCUUUUUUGGUCCAGAAAAGAAAUAUGAAAUUGGUACUGAUCCAAAUAACAAAAAAGGAAAUCUAAUCAAGGAAUUAGUUGAAGAUUUUAUAUUUCCUGCUUCUCGUGUUAUUCUUCAAAUUAGAAGAAAUCCCAAAGAACUUCCAUCAGAACAAGCUAUACCUGUCUGUCUGUCAUCAUCAUCUAUUAUUUCUGCUUUUGAUCUCUUGGUAGCUCUAUGUACAAGAUGUGUACCAAAUCUUCAGCAACUAGCUGACAUGUUAACAGAGAUGUUUUAUUCUGAAAAUGAUCAUCCUCUGACAGAAUGGGAAUAUUUACCACCAGUUGGUCCACGUCCUUUGCGUGGAUUUGUUGGUUUAAAAAAUGCAGGUGCAACCUGUUACAUGAAUUCAGUUCUUCAACAGUUAUAUAUGAUAGAAGAUAUCCGUAAUGGUAUUCUUAGCGUAGAAGGUGCAGCUACUGAUUUAAAUGAAGAUUUUUCAGGUGAAGAAAGAAUGGAGAAUGAAGCAGCAUUUCUGUUUAGUCAUCAGCAAAGUUCUGAAAAUGAAGAGAAAGAAAAUAAAGAUGAAUCUAGAAAAGAUUAUAAUUUGGGUGUUCUUAAACAAGUUCAGGCCAUUUUUGGUCAUUUAGCUUGCAGUAAAUUACAAUAUUAUGUUCCACGAGGAUUUUGGAAGCAUUUUAAAUUAUGGGGAGAACCUGUUAAUUUAAGAGAACAACAUGAUGCUCUAGAAUUUUUUAAUAGUCUUGUAGAUAGUUUAGAUGAUGCACUGAAGACUUUAGGUCAACCAUGUCUUUUAACACAGAUUUUAGGUGGAACAUUUGCUGAUCAAAAGAUAUGUCAAGACUGCCCUCAUAGAUAUUCAAGAGAAGAGUCCUUUACAACAUUAAAUAUAGACAUUCGAAAUCACAGUAAUCUCCUCGAUUCCUUAGAACAGUACGUUAAAGGUGAUCUUUUAGAAGGGGCCAAUGCAUAUCAUUGUGAAAAAUGUAAUAAAAAGGUUGAUACUGUGAAAAGACUCUGUAUUAAAAAAUUACCUAAAAUUCUAGCAAUUCAGUUAAAACGUUUUGAUUAUGACUGGGAAAGAGAGUGUGCCAUUAAAUUUAAUGAUUAUUUUGAAUUUCCAAGAGAAUUGGAUAUGGAACCAUACACUGUAAGAGGACUUGCUAAAGUUGAAGGAGAAAUUAUUGAAGAUACAGUCAACUUGGAUGAACCAUUAUGUACAAAAUAUAAUUUAUCUGGAAUUGUAGUUCAUAGUGGGCAAGCAAGUGGUGGUCAUUAUUAUUCUUACAUUUUACAUAGGCAUAGUGAUGGCAAUUACAAAUGGUAUAAAUUUGAUGAUGGUGAUGUUACUGAAUGUAAAAUGGAAGAUGAUGAGGAAAUGAAAAAUCAGUGCUUUGGUGGUGAAUAUACUGGUGAAGUAUUUGAUCAUAUGUUAAAAAGAAUGUCAUAUAGAAGACAGAAAAGAUGGUGGAAUGCAUAUAUUCUAUUUUAUCAUCACUUAGAUGCAGAAGAAAAUAAAUUAGCAUACAGUAUGCAUGAACUAAGUCUGUCUAAUAAGAAUAAUACAGUGAAGAUGCCUAAAGCAAUUGAAUUAAGUGUACGUGGUCAAAACAUCAGAUUUAUGCAUAAUAGAAAUCAGUUUAGUUUAGAGUAUUUUCAGUUCAUGAAAAAAUUGAUUAGUUGUAAUAUUAUUUAUGUUACACUUCAACCUGGUCAAGAAAAAUUGAGUCCAGAAAGUGAAGAGUUAGCAAUGAUUAGUACUCAGUUAGCUGCAAAACUUCUCUUCACUACUGGAUUUCAUGCAAAGAAAACUCUCAGGGGACUUGCAAAUGAAUGGUAUGAUGCUUUGUGUGCCCAUCUACGGAAUAGUCGAAAUGUAAGAAACUGGUUCGCUCAUAAUGUGUUAUUUGCUCAUCCACACAGAUUUUGUGAAUAUUUGUUGGAAUGUCCUAGUUCAGAGGUUCGUAAUGCUUUUGUAAAAAUUAUUGUACUUUUGGCACAUCUGUCAUUACAGGAUGGACCUUAUAGUUCUCCAAUGUUAUGUAGUGUGUCUUACAUCAGUGAUACUUCUGCUACAUUAUCAGACCAAUUGUUACUAAUGGUUUUAUCAUUACUGAAAAAAGAAGUUUCUGAACAUGGUAGGCAUCUUACACAAUACUUCAGUUUAUUUUUGAUGUAUGCUUCCUUGGGAAUUGCUGAGCGAUUACAACUUCUAAAAUUAAAUGUUCCUGCCACUUUUAUGAGGGUUGCUUUAGAUGAAGGUCCUGGACCACCAAUUAAAUACCAGUAUGCUGAACUUGGAAAAUUAUACCAUGUAGUUAGUUUACUUGUAUGCUGUUGUGAUGUCUCUUGUAAAACACAAUCUUCUAUGGCUGGAGCUCAGCCACUUCCUAAUGUUCAUAUGGGAGACCAAAUUUGUGUAGAAUAUCUGAUGGCUAUUCAACCAGAAGUUGUUGAUAUUUUAUAUAAUAAAACCUGUUAUGUCAAAAAAAUCAUUGAAGAUGCUAAUAAUUCAGAGGAUACUGUAAAAUUGUUAAAGUUUUGUUCUUGGGAAAAUCCACAUUUUUCUUCAAUGGUGCUGAGCGAAUUAUUAUGGCAAAUAGCUUAUUCUUAUACCUAUGAGUUGAGGCCAUAUUUAGAUCUAUUACUUCACAUGUUACUUUUGGAGGAUUCUUGGCAAAAUCAUCGAAUACAUAAUGCACUAAAAGGUAUACCGGAUGAUCGUGAUGGCUUGUUUGAUACUGUGCAGCGCAGCAAAAAUCAUUACCAGAAAAGAGCCUAUCAGUGUAUUAAAUGCAUGGUAGCUUUAUUUAGUUCCUGUCCUGCAGCAGCACAUAUGUUGCAUGCUAAUGGUGAUUUGAAAAGAAAAUGGACAAGUGCAGUAGAAUGGUUGAAUGAUGAAUUAGAAAGGCAACCAUAUGCUACUAAUACUCAAUAUGGAUAUAAUAAUUGGUCUCCUCCUGCCCAAUCAAAUGAAACAUCAAAUGGUUAUUUCUUAGAAAGAUCUCACAGUGCUAGAUUAACACUUGCUAAGGCUUGUGAGUUAUGUCCUGAAGAGGAACUGGAUGAACAAGAUAUGUCUGAAGAGACAGACAGCCCUCCACCUGAAGAGAAAACUUCUUCUUGGCGUCCAGGCAUGCCACAACAUCCUAGUCCUCCACCAGAAGAAAAACUUGCUUUGUGGCACUCUGGUAUUUCUCAACAUGCAACUCCCUCUCCACCAGAUGAAACUAUAUCUUGGCAUGCGGAUAAGCCAGGACGGGUAUCAACAGAUGAAACUAUAUCGUGGCAUGCGGAUAAGCCAGGGCGGGUAUCAACAGAUGAAACUAUAUCUUGGCAUGCGGAAACACCAGGGCGAAUGUCAACAGCUGAAAAUAUAAGUCUGUUUACCUCUCCCCCUCACAUCACCCAACACUUAGUUUCACCAUCGGUUCCUCCCUGCCUUGGUGUACAAUCACAAGUUUCUCAUUCUAUGCCCUUAACAAAUGGAAGUAGUCCAACAACUCCACAGCAUCCUACUCAAACCACGGUGACGCAAUCAUCAGUUUCUCUCCGACAGUGCCCCGAUUGUAUGGAGAAACAAGAAGUAAAUAAUGGACAGUAGCAAACAAUGUAAUUAUAAAAAAUGUGAUUUUCUAAAUUAAUGCCAAGAGUGUUCACAAUGGUUCAUGGUGAUAUAAAACUCCUGACUUAUAAAACAAGUUUGAUUUUCAAGAUAAUUUACUAAUACAUCUUUCACAAAUUAGAGAAAUUUGAUAAUACUUUUCUUUAAAAAAUGAAUAUUAUUUAUUGACUGUAUGCAAAUUUGUCUGAGCAGAAAUGGAACAAAGUAGCUCAACAUUUUAUACUUUCAAAGGUAACUUAGAAACUAUUAAAAGUUAUUUUGUGAAAUAUCAUUUCUGCAACUUGAAAAUAUUUGUUGUAUCCGGUUUUAGAAAGAAUAAAUGGCACUGAAUCACUGCUGGAUAUGGUGACCAGCAUGUGCCAUAUAAUAAGACUGAGAAAAAGUUUAAGCUAGAGAGCUGCUGGCAGUUGCUCUUGAAUGAGCCUUUGGUUCAUGCAAAUUCUUUCGUUGCCAUGCAAGGACCAGCAAGUGUUUUUGGUACAUUUUUGAAGUCUGAAAUGUUUAUUAAGAAACAUUGUACAUUAACUAUUUGAGAGGGAAUUCCUGAUUGUUUUUGGUUAAUUAUCAGCAAAGUCAGCUUUGCAUUUUAGUUUAUCUGACAUAUGUGUUACAUUUGUCCAGUUCUCUUGAACAGUAUGCUAUUACUUUGCCCUAAGAAGAGAGGCAAUGUUAUUUCAGUGAUGAAAGAUAUACUUUAUUAGAAUGUGUAGAUGUGAUGUAUUUUCUAAAGACGAAAGUAUUCUCUUUCAAUGUAUGUUGCCCAAAAUGCAUUGAAAUAAAAUAAAUUUCUCUCAAA